AUGUCUUUAAAUUUAUCUAGAAAAUCCGGUGUUAUCUACGGGGAUGACGUUCGUCAAUUGUUCUUAUACGCUCAAGCCAAAGGUUUUGCUAUUCCAGCCAUUAACGUUACUUCUUCUUCUACUGUUGUUGCUGCUUUAGAAGCUGCUAGAGAUAACAAGUCUCCAAUCAUCUUACAAACCUCUAACGGGGGUGCUGCUUACUUUGCUGGUAAAGGUGUUUCUAAUGACGGUCAAUCUGCUUCUAUCCAAGGUUCAAUUGCUGCUGCUCAUUACAUUAGAGCCAUUGCUCCAGCCUACGGUAUUCCAGUUGUUUUACAUACUGAUCACUGUGCUAAAAAAUUGUUACCAUGGUUUGAUGGUAUGAUUAAAGCCGAUGAAGAAUUCUUUGCUAAAACCGGUGAACCUCUUUUCUCUUCUCAUAUGUUGGAUUUAUCUGAAGAAACCGAUGAUGAAAACAUUGCUACUUGUGUUAAAUAUUUUGAAAAAAUGCAUAAAAUGGGUCAAUUCUUGGAAAUGGAAAUUGGUAUCACUGGUGGUGAAGAAGAUGGGGUCAAUAACGAACACGUUCAAAAAGAAUCCUUAUACACCUUACCUGAAACUGUUUACAAAGUUUUUGAAGCUUUAAGUCCAAUUGGUCCAAACUUCUCCAUUGCCGCUGCCUUUGGUAACGUUCACGGGGUUUACAAACCAGGUAAUGUUCAAUUAAAACCAGAAAUUUUGGCUGAACACCAAAAAUACGCCAAAGAACAAUCUGGUUCUUCUAAUGACAAACCAUUAUUCCUUGUUUUCCACGGUGGUUCUGGUUCUUCUCAAAAAGAAUUUGAUACCGCCAUUAAAUCUGGUGUUGUUAAAGUUAACUUGGAUACCGAUUGUCAAUAUGCUUACUUGGAAGGUAUCCGUGACUACGUUUUAAACAAGAAAGAUUACAUCUUAAGUCAAGUUGGUAACCCAGAAGGUGCUGAUAAACCAAACAAAAAAUUCUUUGAUCCAAGAGUUUGGGUUAGAGAAGGUGAAAAAACCAUGUCUAAAAGAAUUACUGAAGCUUUAGAAAUCUUCCACACUAAAGGUCAAUUAUAA